AUGACGACCGGCCUGGGCUUGGUCGGCCUACUUUUGGAUUCCCACCAGUUCUGCUGCUUACCUGUGGCCCCAAUAGCCAAUCAUCCACACCCCUACCUGCACUGCACCAGGCUUUCGCUCCAUUCUUUGCCAGAUCGUCAGCUCACUCAUGUGAAGCCUUCAGCAGACGUCAAGCUGGCGACCGUAGCAGGAAAGAAAGGCAAGAAGGCUGAGGAGGAGGAGCAGCCUGCAGCACCUGCAGCAGCCGAAGCAGCAGCCGAAGCAGCAGCAGCAGCACCACCACCACCACCACCACCACCUGCAGCAGCAGCAGCAGCAGCAGCAGAGGAGGAGGAAGAGGAGGAGUAUGUGGUGGAGAAGGUUUUGGACCGCCGAGUGGUGAAGGGCAAAGUGGAGUUUCUCUUGAAAUGGAAGGGCUUCUCAGACGAGGAUAAUACAUGGGAGCCAGAGGAGAACCUGGACUGCCCCGACCUUAUUGCAGAGUACAUGCAGAAACACAAAGAGAAGGAGGAGAAAAAGAAGGAGAGCAAGAGGAAACCUGCCAGUGAGACCUCCGGAGACUCAGAAGAGCGAGGGAGCAAGAGGAAGAAGGAGGAGGGUGAGAAGGCCAGAGGUUUCGGUAGAGGUCUUCAGCCGGAGAGGAUUAUUGGAGCGACAGACUCGAGUGGAGAGCUGAUGUUCCUCAUGAAGUGGAAGAACUCAGACGAGGCCGACCUCGUCCCAGCCAAGGAGGCUAACGUCAAAUGUCCCCAGGUGGUCAUCUCUUUCUAUGAGGAGCGCCUCACCUGGCACUCUUACCCCACAGAGGAGGAGGAGAAGAAAGAGGAGGAGAAAAAAGACUAGAUGAGUAGAGGAGGAGGCGUAGGAGGAGUCUGGAGGUGUAGGGUGGGAAAUCAACUAUAUGCUGGUGAACUGUUGUGUAAGUUAGUCGACUCUAGCAGCCACUUUGGCAGAGAAAGUGAUAAAAAGAAAUCCCAGAUCACUGGGAUCGAACUGCCAACGUAGCUGACAGAGGGAAAAAGAAGUUUGUUUUCCUGCCCUGGAAGGAGACAGGUGUGCUUUCCUCAAAAGAUGCUUCCACUUGUGUCUCAACUGAAAAUGUUAAUUUUUUUUUUAAAGAGGUAUUUUGACACUAAGUCUCUCUCAUUUUUAUUUUUUCCCUCACCAAGAACAUGUCUUUUGAUGGGAGUUGGUGCCUUUGUUCUGCUAGUAUUCCUCUUUGGCGUCACAAGCUGAGUAUUGAACUGAACACAGUUGAAGUGUUUGUCUCCUUACAUUCAAUGACAAGUGCUUGGUGUCGGAAACACAGGAAUACGACGCAAGCUGUCAAGCUACCUCUUUAACGUGUGUGUUUGCGUGAGAAGCAAGCUGUGUGUUUGGCUGUGGCUGGCAAGUUUGUCUCUCCUCCUAAUCAUAGGUCCUCAUGUCCGAAGCCUGUUUUAAAAGAUGUGUUAGCUGAUAAGACGGUGAAAGUGGCCGGUGAAUUGAGGCGGUUCGGAGAGGACAAACUUCCCUCCCUGUUUUGUCAGGACACACUGGAGGGAACUUCUUUUGAAAGGGAAAGAAGUGAGGCGAGGUGUGAUGGAGGAGUGAAAGAAUGGACAGAAACCAUUUGUCUCUUUCAGUAUCUGUUCUCUUUGUGCCACCUGGGUUCUCAUCAUUGCUAGCGUUAACUCUGUUCGUUUGAAACUCUCAAAACCCCAAAUGAUGACUGUACAUUUUACUCUGACACGGACAGAUGGAGGAGGAGGGGGUUACAGUCUGCACCAAAAACACCACCGGUCGUCGGCUUUAGCCUUAACACGUCCUACCAGCCAACGUGGCAGCCAACCAGCCAGUACUGAAAUGUGUGCUAACACAGUUUUUAAAAUAGCUGGCAAAGUUUUUCUUCAUUCCAGCCACGGAUGAUGCUGUAGCUUGUAUUUUGCUGCCUUUUUUUUUACUUUUCUUUAUUUUUUUUAAUUAAAACUGAUGAACAAGUCUGUAUUUUACUGGUUUUGUGCUGAUUGGGUGGAGGCUCAGAGGCAAACGUGUGAAUUUCUGUUGAUCUGCCGUAUUUUGUGUGACAUGAACCGUAUGCUUUCUGGAGAUUAAGGUGUAAAUUGGGAAAUUAUUCUCUCAAUGAGCCGGAGUUAGUCUUGGUAUCUUCUUGAACACGAGAGGACUGAAAGAGUAUUUACAAGCCAAGCAGUCGCCUGAAAACAGGGCGAGAAGAACAAAUAGAAUAUACAGAGGUAGUGAGCCUUAUGGAUGUGCACAGACUUGGCUGGUCUGAUUCCCAAACUUUUCAAGCUACUUCACCAGUUGUUUUGUUUUUUCUUUAAAUGGAUCUGAGGCUGGUUGGUUACCUGUUGAAACAGCUGGCAGAGUGUACACACUUAACAGCGACAGCAAGAUCAGCAUCUGGCUGGUUAUAAUGUUCACUGUUUGACUUCAGGUUACUUCAGGUCACAAGUCAAGUACCAGCUGACAAUCAUUCAGACAUUACACAGUUCAUAUUAUACAUUGGACACUGUGCUAAGCUGAGGGUCUGCAGGUUUACGGUUUCUUUUUCCUGAUUUUAACCAUCAGAGCACCAUUGUUUGGAUUUCUUCUGGUGAUCUGAUGUAGCGGAUCUCAAAAGCAAGCAAAAAGAUGCGGUACACUUCUUGGUUGUAUUUGUUUUAAAAAGAAAAACAAAUUUAAUGAAACCUUAUCAAAAAUAUGUAUUUAUGUUAUGCGUUGUGUAAAAAAAAGUAAAUAUCAGCCGAUAUAUCAUCAUUGGAAUUUUUUUUCUCAAAUAUCAGUACCGGCCUUGUAAAUCCUGUAUGGGUCGGGCUGUAAUCAGAAGGCUGGGCUGCUCUGAAUGACUGGAAUUAGUUUGUGCAUUUAUGCGGAUGAUCAGAUACGUCUCAUGCCUCCUGUACCUGACUUUAACAGUGCCGGUCAGGACUGAGGGACGGCUGUAAUUACAUAACGUGUAGUGUAGUGAUCAGGAUGUCUGAACAGCUGUGUGACUGACCUGCCAUAUGCUGGUGAACUGUUGGCUGUAGUCGGUACAUUAAUCUGCUCUGCCAGCCACCAGCCUACAGGCUGGUUUGGCUGAUGGAAAGGUCUGAGUGGUUUCAUUCUCCUGCUGCUUUGGCUGGUAGGUAGAGGUUACCCGAUGAUUCGGAGGCUCUGUAACUCAGCAGACAUGUGCUCCAUAACAAACACAACUGGGUUUUUACUGCUAGUGGAGGAUGUUGAACGAUCGUCAUUUCCACACCCUCGUUUUUAACCUUCACACACACACACACACACACACACACACACACACUCCAGCACGUGUGUUUUCUAGGCUGUAUUAUUUUAGCUGGCACCGGCCGGGCAACACUCAAGACAUGGCAAUUCAAGCUCAUUUUGAGUAGUUCAUGGUUCCUGUUGCUUGCAGACCGUCCUAUACUCAAAACACAUUUUGAUAUUUGCAAAAGUAAAAUAGGGUAGAAGUUUUGAAUCCAGCAUGAUUUAACAUUAUCACUUCAUUUUCUCUGGUGUUUCCUCUGCUAUCUAAACGUUUCCCAGCGUUUUAUGUGUUGAAUGUAGCCCGGCUGUGCUUAUUUCCAGGUAUACUGUAUUAAAGCUAAUAUUGUAGCUUCCUCUGUUAGCGGACCUAGGUUAGCUAGUUCAAAUCCUCUUUCUCUGAGCUGUCUGCGUCGGAUGCUUUGACAACAGGUCUUGAAGAGAGAGUUAAAUUCUGAAAAUAUUUUUCCUUAAUUCUAUUUUUCUAUUUCCAGUGGACAUUGUCUUUCAGCUUUACCUCACAUUGCCUUGUGUCACGGCCCUGGACACAGCAGCUAUUGUUAGAUAUUUACCCUUUUUAUUUUUCUCACAGACUUUGAGCAUUUUAAUGAGCCCUAACCCUCAGUGACAUGUUAUGGAAGACGUACUAACUCACAGCAGUAAGCUACAUAAAAAAACAGUCCAACAAUUGACCUCUGAUUGUUUAAAGAUAUGAUGUCUUUGGCCUGUGUUUGUCUGAGGCUGAAUUACAGGUCAGUGUGUGUGAGAAUAUUUUUGGCCUCAGUUGGCUCAGCUGUAGAUACAGUUUAAUCCUAACCCUUUCCACUUGUCUGUUUUUACACAGAGAUGUUGUAUUAGGUUUUUCUGGCAUUAUUUCUUCACUGUGUACAUCAGUAUUAUGACUAAAAAGCCCUUCACUCUGACUGCCCUCUGUUAAACCUUUCCACUGACAGGAGGAAGGGAUUGAAUUAGCUGUACCUGGGUCUGCCGGUUAGGUUUUCUAUCUUGUCUCUGAAACUUUUCUCUGUAUUUAGCGGAUUAGCUUGUGUUGUCUUGUUGCUUGUAUAUUGAUUUCCCUUGGAAUGUCACUGUCAUGGCUGAUCUUCCUUUGAUUGUCUGUUUUGGACAAUAAAGGUUUUUUCGUUUUCAUAA